AUGAUGUUCUCAAAAUUUGUCGGCGCCUUGUCGGCUGUGGCCGGCGCUCUCAGCCAACCUUUGUUCGAGCGCGCUGCGACCUACAACUUCAGCAUCUACGCUUACAGCAGUGACACAAUCCACGGAUACCCCGUUAUCUCCAUCAACAACACGGCGUACAUCACUUCCGCUGAUGUUGGCACCUAUACCAAUGGACACAACGUAACUUUCGAUGCCCUAUCUUCUCACGGAAACUUCACUGCCACCAUCCCUGGAGGAGGCACCCCUCUGUUCUAUGUGCCCUCUACUUCGGGUCCCGCCGGGUUCACUAAUGACACCGAUGAUGAUACACUCAUUACUUCUGGAUUUGGUCUCUACGGACACGUUGUUUUCUUGCAGUCUGGAACUUCCAUGAUGACCGAAUGGUAUGCAAUUGCCACGGACAUUGACUCUCUCUGGCAGCUGUCCUGGGAUGAUACCGAUGGUUUCCCCAUUACACUUCGAAGCAUUGCCCCUUAA